CGGGAGGGAGCGCGGCCCGGGCUGCUCCCGAUGCUUUGAUGGCUUCCCGUUCUCCGUGCCGGCUCCCGCAGCCACGGGGAGCUCCCACCGCGACCGAGUGAGCCCAGAGCCCCGUCCCCGUCAUGCAGCACCCGGAGCGAGGGGAGCUCAGCGCUGACCCAGCCCCGGCCGAUGCCGUCCCCGCCGGCCCGAGCCCGGCCACGCGUGGAAGCGUGAGCGGUGACAGCGACAGAGCGAGCUGGGGGCUGUCCCCGGAGCCGGAGGGGUCCGCAGACCCCCGGCCCCAGGAGGGGUCCUCGGGGACCCCCCGCUGCCCCCCGCCGGACCCGCAGAGCGAUCGUUCCCCACCGGAGCUUGUCAGGCCGCUGCGGGCAAUGGACGUGCUCGGAGGAGACCGGACGGACAGACAGCCCCAGAGCGGGGCUGACUACGGCUUCCUGGUGAGCCAGAACACGCAGCUGCUGAGUGCACUGGAGGACCUGCGGCAGCGCUGCUCCAGCCUGGCCGAGGAGAACAGCUUGCUGCGCAGGAGCUGCUUCCCCCAGACGGAGGAGAAGGUGAAGCACCUGAAGAGAAAGAACGCGGAGCUGGCAGUGAUCGCCAAGCGCCUGGAGGAGAGAGCCCGCAAGCUGCAGGAGGCAAACCUCAAAGUGGUAACAGCUCCAGUGCCUCUGAAGGGCUCCAGCCUGGAGCUGUGCAAAAAGGCAUUUGCCCGCCAGCGUGCCAAGGAGCUGACGGAGCAGGCCAGUGCUCUCCUGGCUAAAGACAAGCAAAUUGAAGCUCUGCAGCAGGAGUGCCGGGAGCUGCAGGCUAAACUCUUCGCAGGGAAGGAUGACCCUCACUGCCUGAAUGUCAUUGAGUUUGACCGGCUGCUGCGGGAGUCCCAGAGGGAGGUGCUGCGGCUGCAGAGACAGAUUGCACUGAAGAACUUCAACGAGUGUCUGCGUUCUUCCCAAGCCAGUUCAGGUGUUUUGCCAAGUGCUGCCACACGCUUGGGACUGCCUGUGCCAAUGCUAAAUACCUGCGGCAAAGGUUCACCUCUAGCCAAGGAGGCCCACCUGGGAGAUCCAGCACUAAGAGGGGGAGCACCCAAGGAGGUGGAACCAGGUGUGCAACCGCUGGGACCUGCUUCUGAAGGACAUGAAAAUUUCCCUCCCAGAAAUGCAAUAACAGACCAAGGGAGCAGCCAACAGAUACAGCAGCUGGAAUUUGAACUCAAGAAAAAGCGCAAAAAAUGUGAAAACCUUGAGCAUGAAGUGAGGAAAAAGCAUAAAAGAUGCAAAGAACUGGAGAUCCAGCUGCAGGAGGUACAGAGUGAAAAUGCACGACUGGCUGAAGAGAACUUGCAGCUGAAUGAGAAGGCUGGAUGGGCAGGACAGGUUGAAGCUGAGAAUGCUGACCUGAAAUUGCAGGUGGUUUUGGUUACUAAAGAACGGGAUUCAGUAAUUCAGACAAAUCAAGGACUGCAAAGCAAGCUGGAGAAUCUAGAGCAGGUGCUGAAGCACAUGAGAAAUGUGGCUGAGCGGAGACAGCAGUUGGAAGUCGAGCACAAGGAAGCACUUCUAGUCCUGCAGGAGAAGCAAGAGGAAGUCAGGCGGUUGCAGCAGGCGCAGGCAGAGGCAAAAAGAGAACAUGAAGGAGCAGUACAGCUUCUAGAGGCCCGGGUGAAGGAUCUAGAAGAGCAGUGUCGCAGCCAGACAGAGCAGUUCAGCCUCCUGUCUCAGGAACUCAAACAGUUCCGGCUUCAAACAGGAAAAAUCGACCUGCUCACCUCGACCUUGGUGACUUCUGAGCUUCCCCUUGCUCUGUGCAGCUCUACCCCACAGCCCCGCUUCGAGAAGGAAUCAACUGUUCCUGGAGUGUUCACUCACCAGAGCACAAAGAAGGUUCACAAUGAAGAGACUGAUGAGUUGCAGUCGGUGCAUCAGGCGCCUGAUACCACUGUUGACUCCCCAGUUGCUGCUGCCAGUUCUCAGAGGCAAGCCAAGAAAGUGGAGUCUCAGUCAAACUCUUCAAAAUCAGAAUCCAUGCAGAACAGCCCAAAAUCCUGCCCAACUCCAGAGGUGGACACUGCAAGUGAAAUGGAAGAACUGGAUGUUGACAGCAUCUCUCUAAUGCCAGAGCCAGGCAGCCAAGGCCCUGCAAAGCUCCAAGUGUUCUUAGCUCGAUACAGCUACAAUCCUUUUGAUGGACCUAAUGAAAAUCCAGAGGCAGAGCUUCCGCUGACUGCUGGAGAAUAUAUUUACAUCUAUGGAGAAAUGGAUGAAGAUGGCUUCUUUGAAGGGGAGCUGAUGGAUGGCCGGCGAGGGCUGGUCCCCUCCAAUUUUGUUGAGCGAGUCUCAGAUGAUGACCUCGUGACGUUUCUGCCUUCGGAGCUGAACGAUCUCACCCAUAGUUCAUACCGGGAGAAAAGUUUUGUCAGUGCAAGCACCAGCAGUGGAGAUAAGAGUGAUUUCUCUGUUGAAGAGAGUAGCAUCAGCCCAUUGACCAGUAGAGCAGAAGGAGACCAGGAGGAACCUGUUAGUCAUACAGCAGUGCCUUACCCAAGAAAACUGACUUUGAUCAAGCAGCUUGCCAGAAGCGUAGUUGUAGGCUGGGAACCACCACUUUUGCCAGCUGGCUGCCCAGAUGUACAAAGCUACAACAUCUAUGUGGAUGAAGAGCUACGUCAAAAUGUGAAGAGUGGCUUUCAGACCAAAGCAGUGAUUGAAAAGCUGGAUUUAAAGACAAAGGCUUACCGUGUAUCUGUGCAGACUGUGACAGAGCGAGGCAAUUCUGAUAAACUGCGAUGCACUUUCUUUGUGGGGCAAGAUUUUUGUGUGGCACCAACAAUGCUGAAAGUAAGAAGCGUCACUGCCACAUCAGCAGAGCUCACGUGGCUUCCCUGCAACAGCAAUUACAACCAUGUGGUCUAUCUCAAUGGGGAGGAGUGUGACAUAACAAAACCUGGGGUCUAUUGGUACACCUUCCGCAGCCUGCAGCCCAGCACUCAGUAUGUUGCCAAGUUGGAGGCCCGGCCCUUGAAAGCACCUUGGGAAGAGGUCCCACAGGGGCAGGAGCAGAACUCUGCUGUGAUACACUUCACUACCCCACUAGCAGGCACACCUGAUGCUCCUUUGGAUGUCCAGGUAGAAGCUGGUCCCUCGCCAGGUAUCCUUGUUAUCAGCUGGUUACCUGUCACCAUUGAUGCUGAAGGAUCUUCCAAUGGAGUUCGAGUCACGGGUUACGCUGUGUAUGCGGAUGGACAGAAGGUGAUCGAAGUGACUUCUCCAACAGCUGGGAGUGUCCUGGUGGACUUGUCCCAGCUUCAGAUGUUCCAGGUGUGCCGGGAGGUAUCUGUGAGAACUAUGUCUCUGUAUGGGGAGUCGGUGGAUUCGGUUCCAGCCCACAUUUCCCCGGUUUUGCUGCGAGCCUCUCACCACUCUUCACCUUCAGAUUCUGCUGUUUCUACCACUUUUACCUCUAGACUGCCCCGUGGAGAGCCCAGGGGCUCUCUGCCUUCACGCAGCCCACCCACCCCCCACAUGGCUGCACUCCUGCUUCGACAGAAUGUUCCCUCUGAUACCUCAGAUGCCAAAUUGACUGAUGUCUCCUCCAGCCCCAAUGGCUCAGCAUCAUCUCUGCCAGAGAAAGCCUCUUCACCGCCGCACCUCUCCUCUCCCAGUGCUUCCUUGGUGCAGGUUUCAGGCACUUCCCCACAGGGAUCAGAUGCUGCACGAGACAAGAAAUGCCUGACUGUGCCUCCUCAGCAAGCUGGUAGCACAGUGCUCCCUGAUGAGGGCAUGAAGCCUGUCCCUUCAAGGGAAGCAGAAUUGCAAGGCCUGGGUGAAGGGACAGAUGUGCAGAUGGAGCAAUCUGUAACCAAAGCGCCAGAGCUGGGAAGUCCAUCUACCACCAGUCUGGAGAUACAUAUGGAGACCUGCCAUGCAUGCUCUGUGGAAGAGUCACCAGAAGGUGCCAGUGCUGAAAGAGGGAAAGAGACAAAGGAGAAACACUUGAGCCCAGAGCCUCUGCCCUCCCCCAGCCAGGCUGAGGGCACAGAGGGCACCUUCCAAGGAGACAUAAGCACGGGUGGGAGCAGCUGCCAGGAAUUCCUGAGGCUGUCCCCAGGCAAAGAGGUGAUGAAAGAAAUGUCCAGAGUGGAGAGAGAGCAAGAAGAAAAACUAUCUGAAAUUGGAAGACGACCGCUGACCCUUUUUGCUGAGCACAGCCGUAGUUCUGACCUUUCAGACAUUUUGGAAGAGGAGGAAGAAGAUGAGCUGUCUUCAGAAGCUCUGGAAGAGAAGAAAUGGGACCAAAGAGAGUCAGUUUACGGGGAUAAUGGGGAAAAGAUGGAUCUUUGUGAUACUGACAGCGAUGAGGAAAUUCUGGAGAGAAUACUAGAGCUGCCGCUUCAGAAGAACCACAGCAAGAAGUUGUUUAGCAUCCCUGAAGUGACUGAGGAUGAGGAUGAAGAUGAGGAUGAGGAUUGUGUUCUGGAGGAAAAGGCGGAUCCUCAAGGCUGCCGGGAAAAACUUACCUACCAUUCAGGAAGAGCAGAGAAGACACUCAACAUCAAGGAGCCGUCUCUAGAGGCAGAUGGGACUAACACCUCCCAGAUGCUGCAGGAGGAGCAUGGUGUUAAGGAGAGCAGAAGGGAUGCUGACCAUGGAAAUCCUGCCUUUGUCCAGACAGCCUGGAGUCAGAGGAAAGCCAGCUGGAACUGUGGCUACCAGCAGAAUGAUCUGAGGUCUGGGGCUGUGGUAAAUCCUGCUCGGAGCAAGAAGAAGGGAAGUAAUUAUCGAGAGAAGACCCGGAGUCGGUCUGAGAUGGGUAGGAAGAGACAGAAUGAUUUAACAGAGCACUGCAGUCGUCUGCUGGGCAACUGCAGUCAGAUGGGAGGUGGGUUAUACAGAGCUCCUAGCCUCAGGGAAGAGCUGAACAUUGUGAGCAGUGCUGGUGCAAAAGAAGGGUUUGAUAUGUACAGUCGUGCCAGACAAGGCACCCUACGAAAAAAACCCAUGAAAGCAGUGGUUCCAGGGUUUGCAGAGCCUGCUGUGGUGGCACCGCGCUACUCCAGCCCCAGGAGCCUGGAAAUAGACAUUGAAUAUGACUCUGAAGAUGAUGAGGAUUCCACCUGUGCUUCCCCCCCUGAGAGGACGCUGUGGCCAGAAAGGUCCCAGAGCUGUCAAGGGGACUGGAGUCAUUGCUCCAGCCAAUCUGAGGUUGUCCACAUGGAUGGCAGAAGGGACCUGACCAGACUGGAAAUGAUGGAAGAGCAGGGGAUGGAGUGGGCUGGGUCUCCAAGCCGGCGCCUGCGAUUCUUCUGCCAGGAGAAGGAAGCACUGAGAUGUGAGAGCAGUUCUGAGGAGCAGGGCUGGGAGCUGGACUGUAAGUCACCUGGCUGGAGAAGGAGGCUCGAACAUCCUUCGAAGGGGAUACGUAGCACCUCCUUGCACAAAAGGGCGGCCAGUAACAAGGAUCCUAGGGGCCAGGAGCUGCCUCGCACUGCCUGGCAGGCUCCCAGCAGGAGAGGGAACAAGAGUGUAAGAAGAAGCCAAAUGCAGAAGCCUGUGCUCUCCAGUGCAGGUCCUCCAAGGAGCACUGCUUCAGAAACCUCUGUUAAAGAUGAUGGCAUUAGAAUAUUUGUGGCUCUCUUUGACUACGAUCCUGUUUCUAUGUCUCCUAACCCUGAUGCAGCAGAAGAGGAGCUCCCAUUUAAGGAGGGACAGAUCCUGAAAAUAUGUGGAGACAAGGAUGCUGAUGGCUUUUACAGGGGUGAAUGUGCAGGAAGGGAGGGCUACAUUCCAUGCAACAUGGUAUCAGAGGUCCAGGUGGAGAAUAAUGAGAUCAAGAAGCAGCUCCUAAAGCAAGGGUUCCUGCCUGCUGACACAUCGAUGGAGAGCAUAGGAAAUGGCACAUUUUCUCCACCUCCACGCCGCCAAAGCAUCCCUCCUCCAAAACCCAGACGCUCCAAGAAAGAAGGGCUGGAUAAACAGGAGAAGUACAAGUCUCAUGCAGGGCAGAAGCAUAAAGACUGUGAGGAUGAACUGCUUACUCCUCGCCGUAUGGUGGCUGUCUUUGACUAUAACCCUAAGGAGAGCUCUCCAAAUGCAGAUGUAGAGGCUGAACUGACUUUCAGUGCUGGGGACAUUAUCACUGUGUUUGGGUCCAUGGAUGAUGAUGGAUUCUAUUAUGGAGAGCUGAACCAACAGAGAGGACUUGUCCCAUCUAACUUCUUGGAAGCUGAACCUUCGGAUGGAGGCAUGGCUGAGGAGCUGCACUCAAAAGAUAAAGAAGUUUUUCCACUUAGUACUGAGAGCCAGUUAAAUCCAGAUGGGUCUCUUGAGCAGAGCGAUUCCUCACCAACUCUUCUUUCUCUACCACCCUCCUGCCCUGGCAUGGGUGAGCAGUGUCCAGAGCAGGCUUCGCUGGCUGUUCUCAAAUACAGUCAUGUAACUGGUCAGAGUAAAAAGAAGAGAGGCUUCUUCCUCCGAGGAAAGGAGCUCUUCAAAAAACUUGGGUCCAGUAAGAAAAAUUAAUAAGGGAUUUGUUGUUCUGUAAAGAUUGCCUGUGCAGUCCCCAAAGAAACUGCCAAUUCAGGAGAAGCCCUCUGCAAUAAGCUGACUAGAGUCAUAGGGGAAAAGUGUAUAUUGAAGAGAGAGAACUCUCCAGUGGCUCUGUGAGCUGUGGUCUCUGCUGAGAGUGUGGACAUGGGUGCCCACCCAGUGUGGACAAUGGCUCUGAACACAGCAUCAUGGCACUGGGGUGUGUGAGGCCUCAGCUCUAGGACACAGCUACUUCCACAGUAGUGUGUCCUGCCCCUGGCAGCCCUCAGUGCACCACUUCCCUGUAAAUAGUUUCAUUUAAAAUGUAUAUUCUGGCUGUAAGUUUGCUGAAUGGCUUUUCCUAGCAAAGCCCUGGCCCCUGAGGAAGAGAUCCCUUGUCCUCCACAUCCUGGUAUUUCUCUGGUCCAAAGGAGGUUGUGUUAACUCCUCCACUUCCUGCAAAGAAAAUGUGCACUUCUCUGUUCCCUUGAAUCCCCUUUGCUGUCUCUGGGCUGAGGAGUGAGUUCUUUGUUCUGUCAACCUGUAAAUAUGCAGCUGUGCCUGGGAGCAUCCCACACUGCCUCAAUCCUGUUUGGCACCAGGAUUCCUGUGCAGGGAGGAGCGAUACCCUGAAGGGGUCCAUACUUCUGCCUCUGGGGUGGGCUGCUGGGAGCUGCUCCUGUGGUUCACUUUGAGCACACACACUGGCUGGGCACUCUGCCUUAUUUAGUUCUUUAUUAUUUCUCUUAUUUAUUUAUUUAUUUAUUUGGUUGGUGUCUGCCUCUUUCACAGUUUUCUUUGGCUGUUUGAACAGGCUGCUCCCAAGUUGGAGCAUUUGGAAAGCAGAGCUGGGGACGGAGAGUUUGCAGCUAUUUUCAUAUGAGAUGAUGUGUUCCUUGAGUUCAGACACAUCCCUUUCUAAGCCACGGAAAGUUUUGUAUUACAUGGUUUCUAUCCUUUUCAGUGUUUCUUUCUUUGCAUGUUUUGGUGGGGUACUUGUGUUAAGGACAGUUCCCUGAGGUAUGUGAAUGAUGCCAGCACAGUGUCUGGAGUGUUGGUGAUAUGGUAUGUUUUUAUUUAAUAUCAAAUUUUAUGAUAAUAAAGUCUAUUUUCACAAAAAUAUGUUUUCCUUAAAAAACCAAAA